CUGUAGUCGUCUGUGCAGGAUGAAGAUCCACUGCGGGCUGCUGACGUUGUGUCUGCUGGCGCUACAGUCCCAUGGCGAGCCACCAGCUCCAUCGUACGGUCCCCCAGGGUACACGCCCGGGGGCGGCGGUGGGGGCGGCGGUGGAGGCGGCUACGGUGACGGCAGACCUCCCGGCGGCGGUGGGUUUGGUGAUGGCGGAAAUGCAGGUGGAGGUGGAGGCGGUGGAUACGGAGGCGGCGAUGGAGAUGCUAAGCCGGAGCCGUUCAGCUUCUCCUACGAGGUGAACGACCCCCAGAGUGGUACAGAGUUCAGCCACCGCGCGGAGAGUGACGGACAGAGGGUGACUGGCGAGUACAAGGUCUUGCUGCCCGACGGGAGACGACAGGUGGUAUCCUACACAGCAGACGACGCCAGUGGAUACAACGCCGACGUUAAGUACGAAGGAGAAGCCAACCAAGGUGGUGCCGGAGGCGGAUAUCCAUCUGGUCCUUCCGGAGGAUCUGGAUUUGGAGGCGGCAGCGGUGGAGGUGGUGGAGGAGGAUAUCCAUCAGGAGGUCCAUCCGGUGGAUCUGGAUUCGGAGGCGGUAGUGGUGGAAGCGGCGGAUAUCCAUCUGGAGGUCCUUCCGGUGGAUCUGGAUUUGGAGGUGGCAACGGUGGAGGUGGUGGAGGAGGAUAUCCAUCAGGAGGUCCAUCCAGUGGAUCAGGAUUCGGAGGCGGGAAUGGUGGAAGCGGCGGAUAUCCAUCUGGAGGUCCUUCCGGUGGAUCUGGAUUUGGAGGUGGCAACGGUGGAGGUGGUGGAGGAGGAUAUCCAUCAGGAGGUCCAUCCGGUGGAUCUGGAUUUGGAGGUGGUAGUGGUGGUAGCGGUGGAUAUCCAUCUGGAGGUCCUUCCGGAGGAUCUGGAUUUGGAGGAGGUAAUGGCAGAGGUGGUAGUGGCGGAGGCGGAGGUUAUCCAUCCGGACCAUCAGGAGGUGGCAACAGAGGAAAUGGAGGUGGUGGUUUUGGAGGCGGCAGUGGAGGCGGCAGCGGCGGAUUCAACGGCUACCCAUCCAAUGGCCCAUCUGGAGGAAGUCCUACCAACUCAUACCUACCUCCUGGUAAAUGAUGCUGCAGCUGGUGAUACAACGAGUUACCUUGUAAAUGUAAAUAGUUCCAAUAGUCAAGGCUAUAGUGGUAGAGGCCAUCAUUUCAAGUAAAUUCUUAGAUCACGAUCACGAAAUAGUUGAUGAAACUCAGUAUGCUUAAAGUAGCUUUAGUUAUAGACUCAAGCCAAAUAGCAGUAGAUAUACUUACUUAUGGAAUGUGGUAAGAUUAUUACCCAUUAUAUUUUUAGUAUGGUAAAUGAUCAUUGGAGGGUAGAAACCAUUAGAUUUAUUGUUCAUGAGCUUUGUAUUUAUUGCAGUUCUGUAGAGUUUAGUUUAAAUAUUAUAAACCAUAAUAAAAAGUAAUAACCUAAUU